AUGCCCAACUUGCUUAAAGACUCGCUUGAAGCGCAGGCCGCCCAGGCUCAAACUCAAAAUGAUCCGACCGAAGCAUCACGAGGUGAGCAGGUUGAGGAGGACCCGCAAGCUGAGCAGCAGCGUAGCACAUCUUGGGCAGAUAUGAUGGACGAGGAUGAUGCAGAUGAAGAGGAUGAUGAAAACGACAAGCUGAACAUGCCAGAUUGGCUGCAGCAGACAGUGAGAGCUCAUGCCAAUUAUUUGAUCAAGUUGGACGAGCAAUGCCUGCUAGAAGCAGACCCUGCGGCCUACUUGGUCGAGGCGCGAAGAGAUUUCUUUGCCUAUCUCAAACGCCAGGAAGGUGGCGACUUGAGAGCGGAGAUUGCUGCGCUGGAGGAUCCGGCCAGUAUUGGUGUUGCGCACGUUGAUGAGCCACAAAGGCAAUGUACUGUCGGUCGCCUCCACGGAUCGCCUUAUUGCACAGCAAUUUCGUGCGAGAAGCGAGACAGUUCGCUGCAUUACGAGUCCAUGUCUGAGGUGGACGUGGUGCAGACGGAGGAUGAUGCUUGGCAUAAAAAUAAGACCAUGGAGGCCAUUGACGAUGAAACUGCAAAGCUGUUUGGGCUGCCUUGCUACGAUGUCCAGCAGGGUAUUGAUGAAGAUGCUUGGCAACACAAGAGCCGACGUCCAGUAGAUGCAGCUAGGUGCAGUCUUUUCACUACCCACGGUACGACUGCGAGCCUUUCUUAUGAUCAUACCUCCUUUUUCGGCCGCUGUUCUUCAGGCAUUCGUGCACGUUCACUUGAGAGGCCUGCUGAUUGCGUUGCAGGUUCAAUCUUGCCCUUGAUAGACAGGAGCAUUUGGCAUAGCGAGAUGUAUAGAAGCGUAGAUUAA